AUGCCGAAGAAUAAAGGAAAAGGUGGCAAAAAUAGAAGGCGUGGAAAGAAUGAAAAUGACAUAAUGAAACGAGAGCUUAUCAUGAAGGAAGAUGGACAAGAGUAUGCACAGGUAUUAAAAAUGUUGGGUAAUGGCCGUUUAACUGCAUUUUGUUUUGAUGGGAAACAAAGACUUUGCCAUAUUCGUGGAAAGCUUAGGAAGAAGGUGUGGAUAAACACUGGAGACAUUAUUCUUAUUGGACUGAGGACUUAUCAGGAUGAUAAGGCGGAUGUCAUACUGAAGUAUAACCCAGAUGAGGCUCGAAAUUUGAAAGCAUGUGGCCAGUUGCCCGAAAACGCCAAACUUAACGAAGGUGGAGACGAACAAGAUGAGGGUGCUGACACCGGUAUCGCUGAAGAUGAAGACCAUGCAACUUCGGGGGAUGACGUUCUACCGAGUAAUGAAUCUGAAUCAGAAGAUGAUGAAGACGAAGAAGAGAGCGAGGAGGAAAGUGAUGAAGAUAAUUUAAAUGAGGAGCAACUAGCCAGGGGGUCAUUUAAGAAGCCAGGUGCUAGAGACCGUUACGGUAAACGAAAUAAAUAA